AUGGCACAGUUGCUGCCUCGUCGGGCACCUUACGUGUGCAAAGCGUGUCGGUCAGCGCAAGCAGCCAGGCCAAUAAUCAGAGCUUUUUCCACUACUCUCAGUCGAGCCGCAACACUUCGACAGCAACUUGAAGGUCGAAGCUCCCCAAUACCCAACAAGAAAUCCAGUGGUCUGCCUGCUCAAGUCCAGAGACCAAAGGCUGGCAGACCUGGGAUAAACCCACCGUCCUCGUUGACGCCUCAAAAGGCGCGAAAGCCUGCAAACGAGACGGCAGAAUCGACGACACCACCUCCAGCCUCCAAGAUAAAUUCAAAUGCGCUCCUGACCAAGGACUCGAAGUUGACGGUACGGUCGAUACAGGAGGGUGCAUUAGCCAUACUGGAAUCAGAAGAAGUGCCGGAUGAGGCGACAGUCCUUGCUGUUCUGCAAAGAGCUCAGGAACUGGCAGAUGUUCUUGUCCAGACACAACCGUUACAAGGUUUACCACAGUCGGACCUUUCGACAGAAAAACAGGGCGCGCGGACGUCUUCUACGAGCAACGAUGGAAGCUCUCUUUUCGUGGAGUUGAAUGAGCCUCAAGUUCAGGCAAGGCAGGAACAAGAUCAGGUCGCUACACCACUACCUGCUUCUGCUCUGUCCAUCGAGGACCGCAGAACCCUCGCCUUCCUCUUAGUGAAAGCGCUAUACCCUCUCCUCGAAGAUCCCAAAGUAUACAUAUCCGAACGUAUUCUCACCUUCUACGUCGAGAUCGCAACAACUCUUCAACUUCCUCAAUACCUUCCUAAGAUACUUCACCUCUACGCCCACAAACAAAUACCCAAACCAGGCUCUCACCCCAUCCAGUACUCCGAACCCUGGUCCUCGACACCCAAAUACGCUGUCCCACAUCGUCUCGCAGACCUCGCCAUCGAAUCAGCAAUCUCGAUCCGUGACAUGCCCCUCGCAAUCAGCCUCAUCGACGAAACCGUCGCAACUACUCAAUUCAAAUGGGCAAAAUUUAUCAAGAAAGCCGCUUUCCCACUCACCCUCGCGUCCAGCGUUAUUCCCUUGGCCUGGACCCUCUCCUCGCGCGCAGCAAGAUGGCAAAUCAGCUGGGAAGAAGACACUUUCUUCUGGAUGUGUAUCUCUGGCAGCAGCGCGUAUAUUGGCACUAUGGGGAUUCUUCUCUAUAUCACAGUGACGACGUGGAACGAUCACCAUAAACGAGUGAGGUGGAUUCCGGGCACGAACUUGUGGCCAAGAUGGGUUCGCGAAGAGGAAAGAUACUACCUCGAUAGAAUCGCGUUAGCUUGGGGAUAUCAGGAUGUGAAUCGACACGGAGAAGAGACGGGAGAAGAGUGGGAGGCGCUCAGAGAACUUUUGUUGAGAAGACAAUUGGAGCUUGACCGAAGCGCGUUAUUGCCUGGUAUGUUGUGA